AAAUGGUUUUACACAUAUUUUACAAAUUUUGGAGUGAAAAUUAGGCCUAGACUUGUUGUAUAAAUAUUAUUUGGAUUGAUCUAGAUCGACAUUUGUCAUUAUAAUACAGUGUUCGUCGAGAAUUAUUGAUAUCCGUGGAUGGAAUGUUCUACUUUCGUUUUCAACAGACUACAAUGUGACAAUGGAAUAGUUACCGGUGUUAUUCAGUGAUUUGUGACAUUUAAAUUAUAGACUUUCAGAUUUAAUAAAAUGUAGUGUUGUAUGUCAAGUGACCACCCACUGAUGCACUAAGGUGUUGGUACCACAGGUGUUGGAUAGUCAUGCAUGGUUGACAGAUGAUCUCCUGUUAAAAUUUUGUAGGUGGUUGGUGAGACUUUUAACUAACACUUAAUUAAAGUACAUCCUUAUAUCCUAUAAGUCCUGUCUAGUUGUCCAUAUUAAUUUAGACAUGUCCCUAUUAAUUUAAGUGUGAUUUGGUCCAUUAUAAGUCCAAACCCUGUCAUCAGUCAACAGAUUGAAAUUGAUGUACACUGAGAUAAUUAUUUGCUGCUGCUGUCAACAGUUCUUGGUAAGUUUAUAUCUUUCAGCUGUGAUUACACCGUAGAUGUAAGUGGUAUUGAUUAACAGUAUCAACCGUGUAACUGUAGAACUUUCUUAGUAUAAUCUGUCUUGGAUUUGUUGAAGUCACUGAGGUGGUAUAUGAUUAUCUCCCUUGUACUUGUGUGAAAUUUCCAAGGAAGUAAACAUAAGUGCUGAAUUAUUACUCAUUUUUUAAAAAAUUCAAAUUAGUUUAUUUUAAGUCAGGUCGUAUUUAUAAACACUUCCAACAUGCACUAGUGUUUAUUAGCACUCUGUGUACAUGAAGUGAGAUAACAUUAAAUCAAGUUCUCCAAAUUUGUAAAAACAAUUUGGAUGUAACUAUACACAUUAUUGGAGUGUUUGUGUUUGUUUUAUUUGAAUUUAUUAUUUCACACACAUAAAACCGAAACACAAGGGUUGUAUUAUUUGUGUACCAAUAUACAUUCAUACAUCAUAUACAUACAUUUUUUUUUGUUUUACAUAAUUGUCUGCCAUAAUCCAUACAUAUUAUUCAAAUACUUCAUAAAGUAUGGUGGAGUAUUAGAGACAUUUUUUUUAAAGCAAAUUUUAUUAUACAGCGAUUUUGCAACAAUAUUGCAGAUUGUGUAUACAUAAAUACAUAUCAAUCUACACAGAGUUGACACAUAUAUACAUCAAUUUUUAUUUUUUUGUAUGGUGUACUGAAGGUGCCAUUGUCCAGAAUUGCAGUUUGACAUAUCAAGCAAGAAUUUUUUUUAGUGAUGGAUGAAGCAGAUGAGGAGGAAUUACAGUAUUUUGUAGAUCAGAUAAGAAAAUCUGGGAGGUUUAAUGUGACACCUUGUCAAUCUAGUACCCCUCUUUCUUCCCAUAGGAGAUCUGGUGAACAUUUGGAGGGCAGACCUGUUGAGACAGAUACUCCUACUAGAGACUUGAACUCUAGACAUAUUACUUUUGACAAAGCUGAUGUCCCUCCUCCUAAGCCAACUUCUCAUGAUAUUUCCACUUACCCCUCAUAUCUUGACUCAUCUGUUACUCAUGCUCGGAUUCCCAAAUUACCUUUGUUUUCUGGAGAAGGGAAACCAGGAGAAUGUGAGUUUGAGGUUUGGAGGUAUGAUUUGAAUUGUUUAUUACGUGGUGGUAUGUAUCCAAGCCAUAUCCUUCAGGAGUCCAUUCGUAACAGCUUGAAAGGCAGAGCACGUACUGUUUUAUUACACUUGGGUGAAAGGGCCUCCAUUUCAGAUGUCAUUGCAGAGCUUGAAGCCAUAUAUGGUAAUGUUGCUACUUCAGAGCGGUUGAAGGAAGCUUUUUAUUGUGCCAAGCAAGGUCAGAACGAGUCUGUCGCUGAGUAUAGUCUUCGUUUAGAAAGACUUCUUACCAAUGCGAACCUGAGUCUGGACCGGAACACUAAGGAUGAUAUGCUUAGGAACCGGCUCUGGUCAGGUCUUCGUGAUAAUGAUCUCCGGAAUGCAACUCGUUACAAGUUCGAGUCUAUUUUUGACUUUAAUGUUCUGAGGAAGGAAAUUCGUUCAAUUGAGGAAGAUUUUAAGGCUCGCACAUCUACCUAUAACUCUGUCUCUUGCACUCCCCCUCAAAUCCCCAUGUCCCAAUAUGUUUCUUCUUCCAAGGCUUUUGACCGUAAACCUGUUCCAGAGGUUCCAUGUUCUUCAAAUAUGUCAGUUGUUGAACAUAAGAUUAUUCAACAGCUUGAAGAACUCACUCUACAGAUGAAGCGAAUGAACUCCAGGGUUGAAACUGUAGAGAAGGAGCUUUCCCAGUUGAAGAAAGUGAGCGAAUCUUCCACACCAGACAGUGGUAGUACCAGUACCAGGGAAAAGGGUAGUAGUAACUAUAGAGGUGGUUAUAAUCGAGGCAGUUACAAUAGAGGUGGACGUUUUUGGUCUGGUCGUAGUCGUGGCUAUAGCUUUGAUGGUAGUAGAAACCAGUCCAGUUCAGUUGCUGACAAACAAGACCAGAAUUCUGACAGUAAAUCUCCAGCUACAGGUGGUUUAAACGAGUCCAGACCUUCAAUCGAGGGCAAUUAG